CUCCACAACUCCACGUCUCCUGGCGCAGACACCUGCAGUGAAACCAACAUACCCUCCUGUCAGCCAGUUGGUGAUUCCCUGCGGCCAUGUGUGACCAGACCUUCCUUGCGGCCACUUUUGGCCCAUGUGACAGCUGUGGGAAAGCCAGUCCUCUGAUGAACAUCUACAUUAAGAAUGAUCCCAUCAACUACUGCUCCUUCUGCAUGGAAAUGAUGGCCUGCCAGGGGCUGCAGAGCGGAGAGACGCUGACCUCCCUGAAGAAGGAGAGCGAGAGCCUGAAGAAGAAGCUCGAGGAGGAGCGGGGCAAGCUGGCGGACGUGGAGCUGCACCACGUAGCUGAGAAGGUUGAAGCAGUGGCGUCUCUCUCCAUAAAGACCAGGCGUGUGCUGAAGGGUCACGGGAACAAGGUGCUGUGUAUGGACUGGUGCAAAGACAAGCGUCGUCUGGUCAGCUCUUCUCAGGAUGGAAAAGUCAUCGUCUGGGAUGCUUUCACUCUCAAUAAGGAACAUGGGGUCACCCUGCCGUGCACGUGGGUCAUGGCGUGUGCGUACGCUCCCUCAGGUUGUGCUGUGGCAUGUGGCGGGCUGGAUAACAAGUGCUCCGUGGUCCCACUCUCGUUGGACAGAAACGAGAACUUGGCUGCAAAGAAGAAGUCUGUGGCCAUGCACACCAACUAUGUGUCAGGAUGCACCUUCACCAACUCAGACAUGCAGCUCUUGACCUCCAGCGGUGACGGCACGUGUGCCCUGUGGGACGUGGAGAGCGGGCAGCUUCUGCAGAGUUUCCACGGACACACAGCUGAUGUCCUGUCCCUGGACCUCGCCCCGUCUGAGACCGGGAACACGUUUGUCUCUGGGGGCUGUGAUAUGAAGGCCAACGUGUGGGACAUGCGCUCUGGGCAGAACAUUCAGUCUUUCGACAGUCACAUGUCCGAUAUCAACUGUGUGAAGUAUUACCCCAGUGGAGAUGCAUUUGCAUCGGCGUCAGACGACGCCACGUGCCGUUUCUACGACCUGCGAGCCGACCGUGAAGUGGCCGUCUAUCAGAAGGACAGCGUCAUAUUCGGGGCCUCCAGUGUGGACUUCUCUCUAAGCGGCCGCCUGCUGUUUGCUGGUUAUAAUGACUACACUAUCAACGUGUGGGACGUUUUGAAGGGAAAUCGGGUUUCCGUCCUCUUCGGUCAUGAGAACCGCAUCAGCAGAGUCCGGGUAUCCCCUGACGGCACGGCGUUCUGCUCGGCCUCCUGGGACAACACUUUACGGAUUUGGGCCUAAAUGUCGUUACUCCCUGCCUGAUCAAGCCUGCUUCAGUCUGACACCGAAGCUCAACUCGGCUCAUUCGUUAACUUUUGACCAAAAAAGCUGAACAAAAUUGGAUUCUAUAUUUUAUCAUUGUUAGUUUCUUGAUUUAUUGUAAUCAUGUAAGUGACAUUAUUUACAUAGUAAGUAUUAAAUACUCGUUACAAGACAAAAUCUGUAUUUUUGCUUACAAACCCUGUUGUAAACUUUAUUCCCCACGCACUUAUAGCUUUAAUGAGGCUCAGACGUCCAUUAAGACACAUUUAACUCACUGCUGGUUU